GGAGGGGGCGCUAAAGUCAGAGCUUUUCUCAGUGUAAACACGCUCAAUCUCUCGACUCUCCGCAUCAGAUGUACUUGCACAAUGCCGUGUCGCUGCGAAUACAGGACGUGACAACCGCUGACACUGGACUGACUUAAAUAACACCUCGUUACUGUAUUGUUUUUGACACGAUCCGCGAUCCCGGAGCCGAACUUCCGACAUGAAAACAUGGAGCUGCCUUAUCAAUAACGCUAACAUUAGCACAGCUAGCUAGCAGCUCGCCAGGCUUUAGAUGAGGAAUUGAGUGUCGAUGUCAAUUUUUCGUCCUGUAACUUGUCUUAUUUCUUUUUGCGACAGCUUCGAGUUUGUUUUUGAGUGUCAAUUGGAGGAGCGUAUCUUUAAUGUAACCACCCCGCUGUCUCAAUAGCUCGUCAGUUAGCAGCUGUUGUUGUUGCUGCAAGUGGCAGAGUUAAGCUAGCAAGCUUACUAUUGUUGCUCAAUGGGGUGGAGUUGCCGUUAGUUUUGCCACACAGGCUAGAAUAACGUUAGGUAUCAGUUCCAGUUAAGGAAGACGGUGUUAAAUAAAAUGUUGUUACGGAGCUGCUGGAAGUCUCGACAUAAAAACAGCCCUGCUCCCUGUGGGAUCCUACCGGGAUUGGUAGCCCUGCUCUGGUUAUGUGUGACCCAGUUUGUUUGCGGCACUGGGGCGGUGGGGGAGACCAAAAAUGUGAUCCAGAAAGAUGCAGAGUUUGAUGUCAUCUAUAAUGACACAGUAACAAGUGAAAACCAGACCAUCUAUGCGUUUAAUCACACUGUCUCCAGGAAUAAGACGGAGGGAGUGCGUGUGUCUGUGGAUGUGCUGUCACAGGGUUUUGAGAGUCCCAUCCUUUUUGUGGUACGACAGAAGCAAGCCGUGCUGUCUUUUCAAAUCCCUCUCAUUUUAAGAGGCCUAUACCAGAGGAAGUACCCUUACAAUCAUGUGGCCCGGACACUGUGCCAGCCUCCGACCCGGGCACUCUCUGAGACUCAGUACUUCUUUGUGGACGUGUCCACUCUGUCCAGCCAGGGUACAAACUACCAGCUUAGGGUCAGCCGAGUUGAAAGCUUCACCCUGCAAACAGACAAGAAAUUCAUCUUCACUGCGUCACCAUCUCAACCUCAGUACUUCAAAUAUGUCUUCCCGGAUGGGGUGGACACUGUGAUCGUCAAGGUCAACUCAGAAAUGACCUUUCCGUGCUCCGUUAUGUCCAUUCAGGACAUCCAGUGCCCUGUCUAUGACCUUGACAACAAUGUGGCCUUCAUUGGGAUGUACCAGACAAUGACCAAAAAAGGCGCCAUCACUGUGCAGAGAAAAGAUUUCCCCAGCAACAGCUUCUAUGUGGUGAUUGUGGUAAAAACAGAGGAUGAGGCAUGCGGUGGCCCGCUGCGCUUCUACCCUCUCCGUCCUGAUGAGCUGAUCGACGCCGGCAACCGCAGCAAGGUCAUUGAUGUGAUGGUCAGCCCUGCUAUCAACUCGGAGGUGUAUGUGAAGGGCAUGCUGUUCUGUCUGGGCAUCUUCCUCUCCUUCUACCUGCUCACCUUUCUCAUGGCCUGUAUUGAGAACAAGCGGAUGAAGAAGAAAGAGGUGUUUCGGAUUCCUGCUGACAUGUCGCCUGCUGAGACAGCCUCUCUGCUUGGGAAGAACGGAGAUGGCAAAACUCCAGCCUCACCUUAUGAAUAUGGCUCCUUUGCUGACAACGGAAGCACGCUCAGCUCAGAAGCCAUCACUGAAAGCGCUACGUCAACUGACAACAACUAUGGAUACAUGGAGCGAGCGUUGGACAGUGUGGGACGAAGCAGGCAGGAGUCUCUGAGCUCCGUGGAGGAGGACGACUACGACACCCUCGACGACAUCGACUCAGACAAAAACAUCGUCCGCACAAAGAAAUUUCUAUGUGUGUCUGACCUGGCCCGCAAGGACAAGAGGAUCCUCAGCAAGAAAUACCAAAUCUACUUCUGGAACAUUUCCACCAUUGCUGUGUUCUACGCGCUGCCAGUCGUCCAGCUGGUCAUCACCUACCAGACGGUGGUCAAUGUCACAGGAAACCAGGACAUCUGCUUCUACAACUUCCUGUGUGCCCAUCCUCUGGGAGCUCUGAGCGCGUUCAACAACAUCCUCAGUAACCUUGGUUACGUGCUGCUGGGACUCCUCUUCUUACUUAUCGUCCUCAAAAGAGAUAUCGUCCACAAUCGAGCCCUGGUCCGCAAUGAUCUCAACGCACUGGAAUGUGGCAUCCCAAAGCACUUCGGUCUCUAUUAUGCCAUGGGAACUGCUCUGAUGAUGGAGGGCUUGCUCAGUGCCUGCUACCACGUCUGUCCAAACUACACCAACUUCCAGUUCGACACCUCCUUCAUGUACAUGAUUGCUGGACUUUGUAUGUUGAAGCUGUAUCAAAAGAGACACCCAGACAUCAACGCGAGCGCUUACACUGCCUACGCCUGCCUGGCCGCGGUCAUCUUCUUCUCUGUGCUGGGAGUGGUGUUUGGGAAAGGAAACACAGCCUUCUGGAUCGUUUUCUCCGUGAUCCACAUCCUGGCCACUCUGCUCCUCAGCACACAGCUCUACUACAUGGGCCGCUGGAGGCUGGACUCUGGGAUCCUGCGCAGGAUGGUGUACAUCGUAUACACAGAUUGCAUCAGACAGUGCAGCGGACCGAUGUACAUUGACCGUAUGGUUCUGCUCGUAAUGGGGAACAUCGUUAACUGGUCUCUAGCUGCCUACGGCCUCAUAGAGAGACCUAACGACUUCGCCUCCUACCUGCUGGCCAUCGCCAUCUGCAACCUGCUGCUCUACUUUGCCUUUUACAUCAUUAUGAAGUUGCGGAGCGGCGAGAGAAUCCAGUGUCUGGCGUUGGUGUGUAUUCUGUUCACGGCUGUGGUGUGGGGCUUUGCACUAUAUUUCUUCUUCCAGGGUCUCAGCACCUGGCAGAAAACUCCAGCAGAGUCCCGCGAGCACAACAGGGACUGUAUUCUGCUUUCAUUCUUUGAUGAUCACGACAUUUGGCAUUUCCUCUCCUCCAUCGCCAUGUUUGGAUCCUUCCUGGUCCUCCUGACCAUGGAUGACGACCUCGACACCGUCCAGAGAGACAAGAUCUUUGUCUUCUAGAUGCGUAGGAUCUUCAGCAAUGAGCUCAGCUCUUCCUCUCUGCCUUAUCGCCCUCAUCUCUCUCCCUUUCGCGUCUCCUUUGUGUUGUGAAUGAAGCACAGCCAGUAGCCUGUUUUUCCCCCGGCUGUACAGCGGGCACCACUCUGCCCUUCACAGCCAAUCAGCCAGUCUGGGAAGGGCAGUAGCCCCUCCCUCCACCUGUACGGACACAAACGUGCCAAUGAAGAGCCUGGAUUUGACGUCCAGUGAUGCUGAAGUGUUUUGUCCUCUUGCUGCCAUCAUCAAUAUAACUGUUGUAAUCAAUGUUUACGUACUGCUGACGAUGAAGAUAACAAUGUAUGCAUCGCUAAAAGAAACUAUCCAAAUUAACUUAUUUUAUACUGUCCGCAUUACAUUUGACCUACAAUGCAUUUUGAAAUUACUGUUUGUAUGCUGUUUAUAUGCUGGUUGUGUGUGUGUGUUUGUACAGGUGUGUGUGUGUGUGUUUACAAACACUAAUGUGAGAACAUGAAUCCCGUCCAGUCUGUCAGUGGCCUUUAAUGUUCUAAUCAUGUUAGUCACAUACUGUGCUCUGAUUGGUCAGAUCCUCAAGCUAGCCGUCCUUCUCAUUGGAGAACAUUAAUAAAAAAAUAAUGAUGAUGAUUGUAUUUACUUCUCGACUGCCCUCAAGUCUGAAUGCUAAGGUAUCUUUUUGCACUGUACUGUAUGAAGAAAAUGAUUUUAAUGUCAAAUGAGCGGUUACUGAAUAAAUAUCUCAUUUUCAGAUA